ACAGAGCCAAUGCCAUAUAUAGAAAUGAAGAGCAAGAUAAGCAAGGUUCUCGGUGUCUGUAAGAAACAUAAAGCAACUAUAAGAAGUUCGUCCUCUUUGUCCAAAUUAUCAGGGGACUUGGAAAGCAUGACCACAGCUACUACUCCUACGUGCCACGAUGAUGAGAAACAGCUUCCUGGUUUGGAUACUUUUGCUCGGGAUAGUGAAACCAAUGAGCCCGCUGAAAUGCUUGUUGAAGACACUUCUCAGUCUCAGGCGUUUGCUUCUUCAGUUAAUGGUUCUGAAUCUGUCGAAAAAACGGAAAUUGCUUGCAAUUACAUGUCAAACUCAGAUACAAUAUUUUCACCUGUUCUGAAUGAUGAACUGGAUAGAAAUGAUCGAGUUUUUACAGCAGGAAACUCCGUGCACUGGGAAACCCCCAGGUGGGGAGCCGACGAGAGCAGCAACAAGAUUUGCUUUGACAACCAAACGUGCAACGUUUCUGAUUUCUAUAUUUCUGACGUUCUCAUUGCGAGCUUGCCUUUUGAUGAAAGUGGAAAUGAUGCUUUCACUGAAAUUAGCCCCUUGCCUCAUUACAUCUUUCCUGAGCAGUACAUGGUACUACCUUACUUAGAAGAUGGAUCAGCCAACACGGAUGAUAUUAAGUCAGAUGUUGACAAGAUUAAUCUCGAUAACCAUGACUUGUUUCUGGCGUUCAACCGGACAAGAUCCUACAACGUGGAACCAGAGGAUCAUGCUGAAGCUGAACUAGCUGAAGACUUUGACCCUCAGCUUUUUAUAAAAAAUCAGCCGGAAUUAUCAGAUGUUGUAUCCAAUUACUGGCCUCGGGAUACCCUAAGAAAGAAGUCUGUGACCCUUGUCCUUGAUUUGGAUGAAACUUUGGUCCAUUCAACUCUGGAAUCGUGUAAUGCUGCAGAUUUUUCCUUCAGGGUCUUCUUCAACAUGCAAGAAAACACGGUCUAUGUGAAACAAAGGCCACACCUUUACAGGUUCUUGGAGAGGGUGGUAGAACUGUUUCAUGUCGUCAUCUUCACAGCAAGCCACAGCAUCUAUGCCUCACAACUUCUAGAUAUAUUGGACUCAGAUGGAAAGUUCAUAUCACAGCGUUUUUAUCGCGAUUCAUGCAUUCUUUUGGAUGGAAUUUACACCAAGGAUUUAAAUGUUCUGGGUCUUGAUCUGGCCAAAGUGGCUAUAAUUGACAACUGUCCGCAGGUAUACAGAUUGCAAAUAAAUAAUGGGAUCCCUAUCAAAAGUUGGUACGAUGAUCCAACUGAUGAUGGUUUGAUUUCGAUACUUCCCUUCUUAGAGACAUUGGCUGUUGCUGAUGAUGUUCGGCCUAUCAUUGGCAGGAGAUUUGGUUCUGAGCAAAGUUAUCCCACGUUUUCCAUCUCUUGGCUUUGCAACAUUCAGAUGAGAUUUCAUACCUCGAGAUAUCAUCCAAUGAAGUAACGAAACUUAACUAUAUAUUUAUACGCUUAGUGGAAAUGACAAGAGUAGGUAAGUUUUAAAUCCAUUUUUACUUAGUCCUUUCUUUGGUCUAACAAACUUCUUGUGCUUCUGGUUUCUUAUUCCCUUCCUCUCCAACCUUGUAAUUUUUUUCUAUACUGAAAGCUGUUUCACAAUCAUGUUACUUAACUCGGUCCAAAAUCUGUAUAUGUCCCUCUGUUUCUCCCCUUGUUUCAUGUAGAUGGAAAAAGGUUAUUGUCUUAAUAUCAUACACGUUUUAGUUCACAGAUGAUUGUUUAAAUUGUAUCUCAGUUUCAGUAUUGCUGUGUAUCAGUUUCUGAGC